UUCUUUUUUUUCUUUUUUUUUAUUGUCUUUGUCCAUGCUUUAAGAAUUGCCAUAUCAUUUUCUUCCUUUUUUUUUCUUUUCAUUUUUUUUAAAUUGUUUUUGUCCAUUCUUUGAGAAUCGAUUCAUGUCGUCGUUGCUCCGAUAUCAUUAUCUCAAUACAUUUAUCGAAGUAAAAAAAGAAGCUAUGAGCUGAUUGAAUCACCUUGGCGUUUUCCCAAGGGUUGAGGUGGGCGUGUCACUAACCUGAUUUGUGGAACCCGUUCGUUGGGUUCCAUCACGUGCCUCCAAUGUCAUGUCGGUGAAAGCCCACAUCGACCAUCAUUCUAUAAAUCUGCACUCACUCCCUCUAACGGUGACACAACUUUCAUCAGCACAGUAUGGUAUGGGUCGAAGAAGUCACCUCCAUGCACUUGAUUCUACUAUGUUUGAUGUUACCUUUGACACUCCUACUUAUUGUCAACAUUGCCGCAAGGAGGCGGCGGAGGCUUCCCUUACCGCCGGGGCCAACUCCACUACCCAUCAUAGGUAACAUGUUACUGAUGAACCAACUCACCCACCGCGGCCUCGCCAGGCUCGCCAAACUCUAUGGCGGCCUCCUCCACCUUCGCCUUGGCUUUGUCCACCACUUCGUGGUGUCCACGCCGGACGUCGCCCGACAAGUCCUCCAAGUGCAAGACAGCGUCUUCUCCGACCGCCCGGCCACCACCGCCAUCGUCUACCUCACCUACAACCGCUCCGACCUGGCCUUCGCCCAGUGCGGCCCCUACUGGCGCCAGAUGCGCAAGCUCUGCGUCACGAAGCUCUUCAGCCGGAAACACGCGGAGUCGUGGCUCUCCAUCCCUGAGGAGGUCGAUGCGGCCGUCUGCACCGUCGCCAAGCACGCCGGCUCUGCUUUCAACGUCCGCGACCUCGCGUUCACUCUCACCAAGAACAUCGUCUUCCGGUCGGCGUUUGGGAAGCGGAGCGACGAGAACCAGGAGGAGUACAUCGCCGUCGUCCAGGAGAUCGCCACACUCUUGGGAGCCUUCAGCGUGGGCGACUUCAUCCCAUGGCUUAGCUGGAUGGAUCCGCAGGGCAUCAACAAGAGGCUGAGGGUGGCACGAGCGACACUCGACCUCUUCAUCGACAGGAUCAUCGAUGAGCACAUGGCGACCGACGCCGCCAACGCAGACAUGGUGGGCGUCAUGCUCGCAUUCCUCGAGGAGUCUUCUCACCACCACCGACAAGAAGAGGGAGAUGAUCUCAAGGGAACGCUCAGGCUGUCGAGGGCCAACAUUAGGGCUGUAAUGAUGGACGUGAUGUUUGGCGGCACGGAGACGGUGGCCAUCGCCAUCGAGUGGGCCUUGGCCGAUCUACUUACCAGCCCUGAUGACCUGAAACGAGUGCAAGAAGAACUAGCCAUGGUUGUAGGACUCGACCGGAAGGUCCACGAGAGCCAUCUCGACAAGCUCUCCUUCCUCAAAUGCGCCAUAAAGGAGACGCUACGUCUCCAUCCCCCGUUCCCUCUCCUCCUCCACCAGACUGCCGACCACUGCGAGGUCGCCGGCUACUCCAUUCCUGCUCGGUCGCCAGUCAUGAUCAACGUAUGGGCCAUCGGCCGCGACGAGUCGGCAUGGAAGGACGCCGACGCAUAUCGACCGUCACGAUUCGCUCCCGGCGGCGACGCGGCCGCUCUGGACUUCAAAGGCAACUGCUUCGAGUUCUUGCCCUUCGGGUCCGGCCGGCGGUCCUGCCCGGGCAUGCAGCUGGGCAUGCACGAGCUGGAACUCGCGGUGGCGCAGCUGCUGCACUGCUUCACCUGGGCGCUGCCCGACGGCAUGAAGCCAACCGAGCUCGACAUGGGGGACGUGUUCGGGCUGUCGGCACCGAAGGCGGUGCCGCUCGUGGCCGUCCCCACACCCCGACUCAGUUGCCCACUGAAUUGAUCGUCUCUUUCUUGGAUUUGGUUUCCACGAAAUAAUGAAAUAAAGAAGCGGGAUUUCGGUAGCUUUCCACUGUACACACCAUUAAGCUUCCCUCUGUUCGCAGUGUUUCAUAUAUGCAAUAAAUGAAGAGCUUCAGCUCUUUCCUGUAA